AGUGAAUGAGUUCGGAGGUUUUCUUUUCCUCUCAGUGUGUUUCAUUUUUUCCCUCUUUUUACUGAAGAGGUUUCGUAGAUCCGAUGUCAAUCACCGUGGCCAGCUUUGUCGCGCUUCUCCCACGUAGUGAUUCGCUUAUUGUCUCAUCGCACUGUUAUCGAGGUCACUGAUGUAACGAGUGCUGUUGUAGUCUUCGCCUUCUUCAUUACGCUCAGAGUACGGAUUACGUUGCAGUGGUCGCUUACCAGUGGGGUAGUCUUCUCCUUCUGCUGCUGCGUCUUACGCAAGCAAAUUUGGGAUUCGAAGAGCUCCAGGACUUCUAUGUCCUUGCUUUUGGAUAUUGUUUUUGCAUUGUCAUAUAGUUUCGGUGUUGAGUUUGUUCGUGGUACGUCUGAAUGUCAAGCAUUUUGCUGAGUUGAACUAGUUACUCUGUCAAUGCCGGGUCGCGGAACAAGUUCACAUACUGUCACGUUCGGGGUAUUAGAUGCUUCUCCCUGGCUCUGUUUGUCCGAGCUCCCAGACGUGUGCGACAUGUGUUGCGCAGAAGUGGCAGGGAUUGCACGACUAGCACAUGCCCUCUCAUUGUCUGUUACAUUUUCCUGUCGUGCGAUUUGCGUCAGCUCAAGCGGCGAAGACACGACCGACUCUUUCCCCUCUCUGUCUUGAAGCAUGGUUUUUCCGACUCAGGUCUGGCCAGAAUAGGUCGUUGCAGGGAAAGUCCAUUUUUAUUCUGUGCACCAACGCCGGCGAACCUCUUAUCCUUUCUCAAACCUCAUCUGCGAAGACGUCGAAGCUUGUUGUCUGCCAAACUUCUUCGUAGUCCAUUUCUUGUCAGCUAUUGUCAACGUGAUAGCUAGAGUUGGAUGGCGGUCCUGCAAGGUUGACCCCAGGGGCCUCUACUGGAGAAGUUCUCACGACAUUCUUACACCAAUGUCUGCAACGGAGCAGACACUGAACAUGUAGCUCAGCAGAUGUGACGCGCUCAGAAUGCGCUUCUGGAGUGGAGGGUGGGCCUUAGUCUCUGCAUCAGCAUCCACUGUCCGGUACACGCUUUGAGCUAACUCGAAACUGGUGGAAGUUUCUCGUCACGGAAUUCCUCUUUGACUCAGCGUUGGUGUUAUAUCCCUCAAUUUCUUCACCCUGCUUAAGACAGCUACAAUCCCACAUGUCAGAUACAGAGAUUCCUAAGGGCGAUCAUCAACGACUCUCGAGCCUGUGAGAUCUAGGUUGGUGUAGUGGACGAGCUGGUGACAAAUGGGGAAGAAGGGAUCCACGUGGUUCAGUGCUGUGAAGAAAGCGUUUCGGUCGCCUUCGAAGGACAAGGAAAGGGACAAGGAGAGGGAUGUCUCAAAAAAUGUGGCCAAACCAGUGGAUUCAGUUGGGGGUCUCUCUGCAGUUGAAGCCCCUGCACAGGUUAAACCCAAAAGUAGGAGGAGAUGGAGCUUUGGCAAAUCAUCGCUUCAGUCGUCUUCCACUGAAGUGAAGGAUUACGCAGCAGAGAAGAAGACCGAAGAUUACAGGCUCGCUCCCUACAGGACGCCGGACAUGUCUCUGGCAACCAGCCGCAGUGCCACUCCAGUGCAUCACAUUCUGACACACAUUUACUCUGCUGAAGACUUGGCAGCCAUCAGAAUACAAGCAGCAUUUCGAGCUUAUCUGGCACGUCGAGCAUUGCGUGCCCUGAAAGGCUUAGUGCGAUUGCAAGCUUUAGUUCGAGGACACACAGUACGCCGGCAAGCAACAAUUACCCUGCGUUGUAUGCAAGCAUUGGUGAGGGUGCAAGCCCGUGUGCGUGCACGGCGGGUUCGCAUGUCGGAAGAAGGCCAAGCUGUGCAGAGGCAACUGCGGGAAAGGAGACAACUAGAAUGUCGUCCCAGGAGAUCUACGGACGGAGGCUGGGAUGACAGCACUCAAACAGCAGAGGAGAUUCAAGCAAAGAUACAAAGCAAACAGAAAGCCGCCCUGAAGAGAGAAAGAGCAUUAGCGUACGCCUUCUCACAUCAGUUGUGGAAGGCGGACCCGAAUCAGACGUCACAGCUCUACAUAGAUUGCGAGCCAGACAAGCCGCAUUGGGGAUGGAGCUGGCUGGAGCGGUGGAUGGCAGCACGGCCCUGGGAGAAUCGCGUCUUCGACACCGCGUCGGUUUCUAAGGAUGUGUUCGACAGCUACUCUGUCAAAAGUGCCGAUCAUCACGAUUACACACCAAGAAAACACACAGAUGGUGAUCCUCGGCUUAAUAAGUUGCAAACGUUGUAUCAAACCCAAGUACCCCCUCCGGUUCAAACAGCAUCCUCCAGAACCGAGUCGUAUUCUGGAAACCAUCACGACGCUCGCAACGGCCCAGCCAUGUCCGCCCCAUAUGGAAACGGCCAUGGUCAUAGCCACAGCCAUCACAGUCCCAGCACGAUGCAGAGAACGUCAAGCCAGGGAGCUUUUCAUCCUCCCGUAACUCCGCCCUCAGCCUACAAGUCCACCCCCGUGCUCGUCCGUUCCGCUAGUCCUCGCACCAGCAUACGAAGAGAAGACAUCGAAGAGGGCGGGAGCACCGUCUCCGCCGCGACAGCCCGGUCUAUGGCUUCUGGCCCUCGUUAUGGAACUCGUUACAGUCAUGCGGGAUCCGUCAUGAGCCGAGACGACGAGAGCUUGGCGAGCUUUCCUUCAGUGCCAAACUACAUGCAAGCCACGCAAUCUGCCAAAGCAAAAGUGCGUUCUCACAGCACACCCAAGCAGCGGCCAGGAACGCUGGAAAAGGACAACUCCUGGUCAUCGAAGAAACGCCAUUCACUGCCAAUCUCGGAGAACAUAGUCCCAAACUCGGGACCCAUAAUCCUGCGACCCUUCCGUCCCACCCCAUAUGCGCAACGCAGCCCCAGCCUCCGCAAUGACCAACGAUCUCUGUCUUCACUUGCCAAUGAAAGCCACCAAGGUGAUGCCACCCCGGCUUCUUCCGAAGUAUCAGGUUUGAGGCCGGAGCAUCGAUAGAUCUUAAGAAUUAGUUAGUGUAUUGUAGUUUUGGAUGAUUUCUCGGAGCUGCAGUCUGGUAUAAUCGAGUGAACAAGCUUCUAAGUGGAGGCACGUGGACUUCAUAAUCUGCUGCAGCAAACAGCUGUACUAACUGUUGCCUUGAAGAUCUGUCACGGGCCCUUGGCUCAGACUCGACCCUCUGGAUUUGCAACUACCAACGAGUGUUGGUUUUGUUGAAGCAUAGGCUCUCAACUCAUGAAGCUCCUUGACCCUAGAAACCUCUGACCUCAAUUCAUCUGCCCUGUUUUAAUGAAGUGCAAUUACUUAAGUAAUUGCGUAGGACUGUUUUACUUUUGACCCUUCCACACUCAAAAUUGAGAGCCCUGCUCUUGUUACAACCUCUCCGACAACCUGAGUGUUGCCGACAACAAAGGAGCUGGUCUGGUUUUUGCAUUGCUACAGUUAUCUGUAUCGAUCUGAAAAUCGUUUUGAAAGGUUUAUUUCGAGACUUAACUGAAUUUUGAGUUUGAUCAAAUCAAGCACCCUGAUGAAGCACCUUUCGAAUGCUA